AUGACGCAACAACUAUCACAAUUGUUGCUUCCUCCACCGGUCACGACCAACCAACACCGUUACCUUCCUCUACCCCGCCCCGCUGCCUGGAGGAGUGUCGCCCUCCCCCGCGAGGGCGUCGACGCCGAGGAGAUUUUUAGGAGGCCGUUUCCUCCGCCGUCGCCGGCGAAGCAUAUAGCGGCGUCGUUGGUGAAGAGGCUUGGUGGUGGAGGGAAGCCGAAGGAUGGGCCGAUUCCGGAGCACGGGGGAGUGGAGCCGGAGCAGCAGCAGCAGUCGCUUGAUAAGAGUUUUGGAUAUAGCAAGAAUUUUGGAGCUAAGUAUGAGCUAGGGAAGGAAGUAGGAAGAGGACAUUUUGGUCAUACUUGCUCUGCUAGGGUUAAGAAAGGUGAACUUAAAGAUCAGCCUGUCGCUGUCAAGAUUAUAUCAAAAGCUAAGAUGACAACUGCUAUCUCAAUUGAAGAUGUUCGUAGGGAGGUAAAGAUACUGAAAGCUCUAUCAGGACAUAGGCAUCUGGUCAAAUUUUAUGAUGCAUGUGAAGAUGCCAAUAACGUGUACAUAGUGAUGGAACUGUGCGAUGGAGGGGAGCUUUUAGACAGAAUUUUGGCAAGAGGAGGAAGAUACACGGAGGAAGAUGCAAAAGCUAUAAUUGUUCAAAUAUUGUGUGUGGUUGCAUUUUGUCACCUUCAAGGUGUUGUACACCGUGACUUGAAACCAGAGAAUUUCCUUUUCGCUUCUGCCAGUGAAGAUGCUGAUAUGAAGCUUAUUGAUUUUGGUCUUUCUGACUUUAUUAGGCCAGAUGAAAGGUUAAAUGAUAUUGUUGGAAGUGCAUACUAUGUUGCACCUGAAGUUCUGCAUAGAUCUUACAGUCUGGAAGCAGAUAUAUGGAGCAUUGGCGUUAUUACUUAUAUCUUGUUAUGUGGAAGCCGGCCUUUCUGGGCACGGACUGAAUCAGGAAUUUUUCGUGCAGUAUUGAGGUCUGAUCCCAACUUUGAAGAUCUACCCUGGCCUUCUGUCACUCCAGAGGCCAAGGACUUUGUGAAGAGACUUCUGAACAAGGAUUACAGGAAAAGAAUGACUGCUGUCCAAGCACUAACUCACCCAUGGUUGAGGGAUGAUAGUCGUCCUAUUCAUUUAGACGUAUUGAUCUACAAGCUAGUCAAGGCAUACCUGCAUGCUACCCCUUUUAAACGCGCUGCACUAAAGGCUCUCUCAAAAGCUUUGACUGAGGACGAGCUUGUCUAUCUUCGAGCUCAAUUCAGUUUGUUGGAACCAAAUGGUGAUGGAAGUGUUUCACUUGAUAAUUUCAGAAUGGCUUUUGUGCGCAAUGCCACUGAUGCCAUGAGAGAGUCAAGGGUUCCUGAAAUUCUCAAUGCGAUGGAAUCCCUUGCUUAUAGGAAGAUGUAUUUUGAAGAGUUUUGCGCAGCUGCUAUCAGCACAUAUCAAUUAGAGGCUCUUGAGGGGUGGGAGCAGAUUGCCUCCACUGCUUUUGAGCAUUUUGAACAGGAGGGUAACCGAGUCAUCUCUGUUGAAGAAUUGGCAAGGGAAUUAAAUGUGGGCCCUUCAGCCUAUACAUUCAUCAAAGAUUGGAUCAGAAACUCAGACGGGAAGCUUAGUUUACUUGGGUAUACAAAAUUUUUACAUGGUGUGACGCUUCGUAGCUCAAAUACGAGACACCAUUAG